CCGAAACUGUCGCGGUGUCGCGCGCGUGUCGCGUGCGAACGGUCUGCCGCACCAUGGUGGCUGGUUGGGCAAGCGAUCGAGCUGUGCUGUCGAGAGAUACAUUGCUGGUCCUCAUUUUCUUUUGCUUAUGUGCGCUGGUGGAGCUUCCAAUCUGGACACCUCACAUGCGUCAGAUCCCUUUACAGAGACUAACCUUUGAAAAUGGCACGACCGUGGUCCUGACAGAGCUUCUGCUGGACAAUCAGUACGUGCAGAAAGACGAGCAGAUCGUUACCACGCCACUACUGGUAGCUCUGUGCGUAGUGGUACCCUUAGGCUCCCUGGCUAUCGUCUCAUGGUUUGACAUGAAACCCAGCGACGUGGCUUCUUUCCUGAGGGGCUUCCUAAUGGCUUUUGGCUGCGUGUUGCUGACCACGAAUUUGAUCAAACUCUACGUGGGAUAUUUCAGACCCUAUUUUUACGAACAAUGCGACUUUGAUAGAAAAACUGGCGAGUGCUUAAAGCGCAGCACGGAAGGUCGAAAAUCCUUCCCUUCUGGUCACGCAAGUUCGUCCUUUUGUGCGAUGCUGUUCACAUCGCUCUUCCUGCUUGGGAAGGUCUCACAAAUGCCUUCCAAGACGUUGCAUACCCCUCUAGGCGCAGUGAAGUGUACCAAUGCCCUGAUACUGUUGGCCUUGAGCCCAGUGAUGUUGGCCUUCUGGAUCGCUGCCUCGAGGGUGCGCGAGAAUGACCACCACCCAGCGGAUGUGGUCACCGGGGCCUGCAUUGGGAGUGCCUGGGCAGUCCUGUGGUACGUUCGCUACUUCACGGCUCUAUGGGAGGAUCGCCCAGAAGAGAGCAGUGAAUGCUCCGUGACCAUCGAAACCACCAGCCGUGUGGCCUCGGGUGACGAAGAUUUGCCCAUCACCUCGGCGUGAAAAAUCGAAACCAGGUUGGGAUCACCUCCUGGAGCGGAUGUCUCACCACUUUGAACCGAUCCCCCAUUGGUUCAAAAU